AUGAUCGAGGUUGUGUGCAACAACAGGCUGGGCAAGAAAGUUCAUGUGAAGUGCAGCCCCGACGACUCCAUUGGGGACCUGAAGAAGAUGAUUGAGGCUCAGAUGGGUACCCGUUGGAACAAGAUCGUCCUGAAGAAGUGGUACACAGUGUUCAAGGACCACGUGACACUGGGGGACUAUGAAAUCCACGACGGAAUGAACCUGGAGCUGUAUUACCAAUAG